CACCGAUAUAAUCUGUGGUGUUUCGUUGUCUGUUUCCCAUUUGUACUUUUAAUACUCUUUGGUUGUCUGGUUAACCUUGCUACAUAAAUAGUGAUCUGUGUGGUUAACAUUUAUCAUUGGGUUACCUACACUUUUACAAAAUACAUUUACAAGGCAAAGAAAUAUCAAGUUGAUAUUAAUUCAUUAACGUACAGUAGGUAGAAUAAAUAUAUGUUCAUGUUUAAAAUUGAAAAUGAGCAUGACGAUGAAAUCGCCUUCUGAGGAAUCGGGAAAUAAACAAACAGUAACGAAGGACAGCUCAAUUAUUUUUAGACCAUCACCAAAUUUCAAACACAUGAAAAAAUAUCUGAAAUCAAAAUUUGAGGAAGAUAUGAAUAUGAAUUCGUCAUCAAUGGGUGACGAAAAAUAUGUAAAGGAAAUAAACAAUAAAGUCAAUACAGGGGUGCUGCAACCUCCCCUCCCCCCUAACUCCCCCCCUCCUGACAGUACUCUUACCAAAGUGAAGCAAGAGGUUGUGGAUGAUGAAUACGAAAAAACCACUGACGAGACUGUCAAAGAGUCAGAGCCAAUGAUAGUUAAGGACAACACACAUAAAAUAGAUUGCAAGAACCAAAAAAUGUGCAGAGAUUUUGUGCGUAAUGAGUGCAUAAGAGGUGCUUCAUGCAUGUAUGCUCAUGAAAUCGAUUUCUCUCAACUCGAAGGGGUUUACAAGUUUUGUAGAGAUUUUGAAAAUGAAAGCUGUAACCGACCCGUAUGCCAUUUCGUGCAUGCCACCACAUUUGAAAAAGAGCAUUUCUUCCGCACAGCGAAAUUACCUCCACACACAUUGGUACACAUUCCAAAGAAAAAGAAAAACGAAGGUCCUCCAGAAGUGGCACCCGUUUUCCUGAAGCCACCACCAUCAUUGCCCCCAAGUGUGGGUGUAGCACCUAUGGCCCCUCCCGCGCCGCCUUGCCCCGCCCCCCUCAAGCGCAAGUGGCGUGACACCGAAGACUUCACCAGUCAGCUGCACAAGUCUGAAGGCAAAGAACCACUCGCAAAGAAAUGCAAGCGAUGUGAGCUAACCGAACUCAGGCUGCAGCACAUCAGGGCCCAGGUCGCUCAGACGAUGAGGAGCUCCAGAGAAAUGGAUGAGAAAAUAGAACUCAUCAACAAGAGGAAUAAUCGUCUCCACGAAGUGCUACGAGUGCUGCUCAAACCAAGGCGUUCGCUAGAACACGUGAACACAAACUUCCUGGGGGCGAGCCGCUUGUCCGCCGCGCCGCUCGCCGAAGACAACAACAAAGAGGCCCUACUUGCACAGGUGAAGAUGCUUCUAACGAAAAUCGUAUUCGGUGGAGAUGUUUCCUCGGUAGAGGGAGCCACUACAGGUUCGUGAUCCUUCCCCCUGGUCUCCAAAAUGCAAAGACACGAAAUAAUCAGUCACUGAGACCAUUCUUUUAAUCUCCGCUAAACAAAGACAUAAUAUUUUUUAUAACAGGUACUUUUAAUCGUGUGUUUUAAAUGUAUAAGUUAAGCAUGUAGAUGGUUCGUUCACGAUUCGAUAUGAGGCAGUGUUGUGACGAAUAUUUAUAAAUAGGUUAUAACAUUUUUUUUUUAUUUCAUUGUCUAUACGGUUUUAACUAUAUGUAAUGCUAGCCACGAUAUUAAAUACCCUAGAUACA